ACAAGGUCACAUCCCGAAGCGUUUGAUCACUUGUUCCUUUGUUCUCCGCCCCUCCGAAAUUCGACCACUUCGGGAGAGAGAGCAAGCUCCGUCCCCGCCCUCAUGGCGGCGUUCUUCGCCCGGCGAACCAUCCGUGCCCUACGCACCAACCAAUCGGUUCUUCAAGGUGGGCAGCCUGCAGCAGUGUUGCCGAAUUACUUGCCAGCAAUUAACUCGAGUCCCUUUUCAUCAAGAGCAAAGGAACUGAAAGAGGAUGAAGAAAGGGAAAAGCUUGCAAAGGAAGUUGCAAAGGACUGGAGUGCUGUUUUUGAGCAAAGUAUUAAUACAUUAUUUCUGACUGAAAUGGUGAGGGGUCUGAUGCUGACACUAAAAUACUUCUUUGAGCCUAAAGUCACAAUAAAUUACCCCUUUGAGAAGGGCCCUUUGAGUCCCCGUUUCCGAGGAGAGCAUGCGCUCCGACGGUAUCCUACCGGGGAAGAACGUUGCAUUGCUUGUAAGCUUUGUGAAGCGAUAUGCCCUGCACAAGCAAUCACAAUUGAAGCAGAGGAACGUGAAGAUGGCAGUCGUCGCACUACCAGGUACGAUAUUGACAUGACAAAGUGCAUCUAUUGUGGGUUCUGUCAAGAGGCUUGCCCUGUUGAUGCCAUCGUUGAGGGGCCUAACUUUGAAUUUGCCACGGAAACCCAUGAGGAAUUACUGUAUGACAAGGAGAAAUUGCUGGAAAAUGGCGACAGAUGGGAAACUGAGAUCGCCGAAAACCUGAGAUCUGAGAGCCUUUAUCGUUGAAUUUAUUUUUAAUCUGAACUUCACUGAGGCUACUCAUGUUCUUGUAUUUCCUGAAACUAGAAAAUAAAGCAACUUUUGUAACUUUUGAUGUUUUGCAUUCAAUGUGCUUGAAACCAGUGUUGUUAUUUUCCAAACAAUCCAAAUUCUCAGGUAAAUCAUAUCAAACUAUUGAUGAGAUCUUUUUUU